GCCAAAUUAGAGUUCACAAGGUUCGCGUCGCACCAUGGCAAGCGCCGUGAUCGGGUCUUUGAUCGGGACGUAUGACUUGAAGAUGGCGCAGCAAUGGCGUGAUGAUGACAUUCGUCACCGAGAGCAGGAGAAACAGUGGCGAGAGGACGAUAUCACGCGGGCAUUCAAGUGGCGAAAUGAAGACGUCGAGCGCGAGAAAAGAUUGAACAAGCUGGAAAAUGAACGCCGGAUCACAGACGCGCGCAGCGAGCAACUCUCGGCUGUGUCAAACUUGUCAGCUCUCCUGGGCGGGUUUGCCAUGGUGGCGAAUGUCGAGAUCAGUCUGCCGGAUGACGUGUCGAACAUUGUUAUGUUCUUUUAUGGGACCACGAGUGCCGCUGUAAUCUUGUGCAUGCUCUGCUGCAUGCUCAUGUGCACACUUCUUCUCCUGGCCAUUACCCAGUAUGCAUCACAAGAGCUUGAGUCUGAUUUGCGGCAGCUCACGUUCGACCAACUCGACGUCGAGUCUCCGUUCUACGAGUGGUGGCUCAAGCGGUGCGAGCAAGACUGGCUUCUCGCUUACAAAUUCUUUCGCAUGGGCAUCUUUCUCUUCCUUUGCACAGUGUCGUGGGUCGGUUGGGUCCAGUUUGAAAAAACAGCAAUUGCCGGCAUCGGCAUGACGGCCAUCGCCGCCCUUUCGUUCAUCUUCUGGCAAGUGCGCAUCGAAAGCAAGUGGCGAUACCUGCUCUACUUCCCUGAGACCAAGAUCCCGUCAAGCAUGGGUGCUCACCACCAGUACCCCAACGUUUACGACGGUAUCGAUCACCGCGCUGGUCGAACCAACUCGAUGACAGAAGACUUUGCCAUCUUUCACACAGCUUCCCGAAAACCUCCUUCCACUGAAGCAUCGUCUCCAAGCGAACCCAACGCAGUGUACGAGCGAAUUCCAACUCCAAAAUAAUCACGCCAGCACCUGCCGUCCGCUCGAGCAACCACAUGAACGCUGGCGAACAAACAACGACUUGCUCGACCCGCCAUCCCCUCGUUCUCUAAUCCAAUGUAAAUGAAUCCACCUAUGUCUGUGUAUGACGGAGGCACCCAAAGAUCCUAUUUGGACUUGCUCUGUUGCAGACUUAC